AUGGUUGACUCAGACGGUACACCUUCAAUUUCGGAAUCAAGAAUUAUAGUUCUACUUAUUUUUAUUAUCAUUGUCAUCCGGGUGGUCAGUGUAUUCUUGCAAAAGCAAGCACAGAAUGUCGCCUCAAUAUUGGUAAAAAAUGUUACUAUCGUCGUAUUGGGAGAUAUUGGACGAUCUCCAAGAAUGCAAUAUCAUGCUUUAAGCUUUGCUCAAAAUGGUUGGAAAGUAGAUUUAGUAGGAUAUGAUGUCUACACACAACUUUUGUUUCUAUAUUGGAUUUUAUUUGCAAGAAUAAAUUCACCAAAUUUCAUACUUGUUCAGAAUCCACCUUCAAUUCCAACAUUAAUGAUUGUUCAAUUUGUUUGUUGGGCACGACAAACGAAUUUGAUAAUCGAUUGGCAUAAUUUUGGAUACACUAUUCUUGGAAUUCGAUUAGGUCAAGAUACACAUGCACAUUUGACCGUCACUGCUGCCAUGCAUCGUGAAUUGAUGUAUAAAUGGGAGGUUCAAGGGGCCAUAUCUACUUUAUACGAUCGACCACAAUCGCAUUUUAAAAAAUUGGAUUUAGAAGAAAUUCAUGAGUUCCUUACAAAAUUUAAUUUGGAAGAAAUUAUUUCUAAGCAAUCUAUUGGAGCGAAUUUUCUGCCUCCAUCAUCUUCGACAUCGACUAUAUUAACUACUAAACCUUCACCAACAUCUCCCGCAAAUUAUCGCAGCGAUCGUCCUAUAUUAAUCGUUAGUAGUACAAGCUGGACGGCCGAUGAGGAUUUCUCAAUACUAUUAAACGCGGCAAAGCGAUAUGACCAAGUUGCAGAUAAAUCUUCUCAAAAUACAUUUCCCAAGUUGAUUUUUAUAAUUACUGGUAAAGGUCCCUUAAGGGAUAAGUACGAACGGGAAAUCAGAUGUGCCGAUUUGGGAAUUUCUCUUCAUAAAUCCUCCUCGGGAAUGGAUCUACCAAUGAAAAUAGUUGAUAUUAUCGGUGAAUUGGUGCAACAUGGUAAAAAUGGCCUUAUAUUUAAAAAUGAGGAAGAAUUGGCAAGACAACUAAUUGAACUAUUUAAUGAUUAUCCUGCAAACGCGUCGAAAAUCAAAUUAAUGCGUAAGCAUGUGGACGAGUUUCAAAAGAAUCGGUGGGAUGCUAAUUGGAAUCGUGUUGUUCUACCUUUAUUAAAUAUAUAA